AUGGGUGACCACCGAGGAAAACCAGUGUUGCAAUGCCGAGAAAGACAACGGCGAACCACCCUCUGUUCAUCUCUUACCUUGAAAACGUCACGAGAGAUCGCCACCGACUCUUCGUAUGAGAACAAUUCUUGGAACGAUCCAGCCCAGAAUCUAGUUUCUGAAGAUGGUGACAACUAUGAAAAUGUUGAACAGGAGAAGAACUCUCCGAGUGCUGGUGCUGCACAGCUUAUAGCAGAUGGUGACAGCUAUGAAAAUGUCGAGCAGGAGAAGAACCCUCUGAGUCCUGGGGCUGCACGACUUAUAGCAGGUUUGCGCCUGCAGCUGUCUCUGGAUCACCAAGUGGACAAGCAGGACGGGGGCAGCGAAGCCUCAACAGGCUCCCAGUCCUAUGAAGAGAUGAAUGGAACUUUGAGCCCCGACACCAGCAAAGUUCUCCAUACAAGCAACGAGGAAGAUGCAGAUUCCUACGAGAACAUGGAGAGCCCGAAUUCCUUCACUUCAGGGAAGGAAAUCAACGUGGAUCCACGAGGUGACGGAAUUGGUUCCGUGCGGAAAAAUCUCUACAUUCCUUUCGCGUCAGAUCUCUAAGGAGGUCUACAGUGCUUAGACUAGACUAAGCCAGGACAGAGAGGCUAACUUGGGUGCAUGGUUCUCCCCAAUUCCUCUCCUCUGUCAGGCUAAAAUGAAGUUGCCAAGGCUUCGGGACCAAUCUCCUUGCUCCUUAUAAAAUCUCAGCACCCUGGAUUGCCUUGAAGCGGAAGAGUGGGGAAGUAUUUGGCAAUACUGGGAGAUUGAACACCCGGGUUUGAUUCUCCACACAAAAAGCAACGUGAAGUAUUUUAGAGCUGAGUAGGAGGCUGGAGGGAAUAACCUGGAAACAUUUAUUUCUGGGAAAGCUGAAAGCAAUUUGACAGAGACACUGCUUCUAGUUGCAUAUUUCAUUUGACCCCGAUCACAACUGGCCAGAGUUUUUGGAAACAACGCAGGAACAUCUUGGUAUACGUCCCUUGAGUGGUGAGUCCGCCUGCUGUAGGUUUACACUCAUUCCUUAUGCUACCUACCACAGGGAAUGAAGCUGACGAGCAAUUGGUUCUUCAGUAGUUCCGCAUAAAUUAAGUGUCCAGAAUUCCAACUGGCUGGCCCUUCUGACAAUCACGAUGCCACCUCCCGCCUUCCCUCUUGCCAAUCUGGUUUAUAGACAUGUUGGUCUAAAAAGCCAGAAAUUCUCCAUAUAUCUGGAGAAUUUAAGAAUGCAGCAUGGGUUUUGUGGUGAAGGAAAAGAGGACUUGAGCAUCAAUAUUGGAGACAGGUUAGAAGCAAAGGCUGGAUGAAGAAGCAGAGCAGAAGUAGCCACACCAGCUCCUAUAGGCAGAGAUGUGGACAGAAAUGGCUACCAAAGAUACAAGAGAAUGAUUGGGCCCAGAUAUAUAAAGAGGUCUCUUAUUCAAACAGCCUUCAGGGAAGAAAGUAUAUCGUCUGUCUCAUUUGAUGGAUCCCUCUGCAGGGUGUGGUUUUGUAUAUAUACUCAUAAUAGAGGACAGUUGCCAAGAAAGGCUACCCCAGACAAUAGGUGUUUUCCCGGGACUCUUAUUUCUCUUGCUGCAGCCGGCUCUGGCCAAGUCACGUAUCUUGUACAAUAAUAAAAAUGCUCCAUUUAACUCUGGUGA